GUAUUAUCUAUGGUUCCCAUUAGUAUGACAGACAGAGUCCUAGGUAUUGUUGACGUUCGUUUUGUUAAUUUUUAAUAGUAUUUUAUUUUCGUUUUUUCUUUUUCUCCUUUUAUUUCAUCGUUCCAUGUCUAUAAACAGUGAUGGAGAUUCAUUUGAGUGCGUCGAAACGCCAACAGCACUCGAUAUCGGCUCGAAGUCCAAUGAAAGUUUCGCUCGUGAGUCUAAUGAUUUUUUCCCGCCUGGCCCAGGUUUUAGGGGCUUCGAAAAGGUUCCCAUCGUACUGGUGGCUAGAAACGACAUAGAAUUAUACUUAAAACGUAUGAACAAAGUAAAAUCUGACGGCAAUAACGUUAAAAAGCUACACGAAAAAAGAAUAACGAGUUUGUGCUGUGUGUUGUUGCAGCGAGAGGAUUUUCUGUUAUUUAGGAACGCGACACGAGAAAAUACGAAACAGGUCGACGACACGUCCAGCUCCGACACGGAAAACGAAAUGGUUGAUCCGAAAAUGGCGGUAAAAUGCAACAUUUGCGAAAAAUCAUAUCCAACCGAGAAGAAAUUGCUGAAACAUCAAGACAAAAAGCACAUGAUCGUAUACGAGAGGCCAAAGAAACGCGUCUCGUUCUCCGACCACGUUAUAGUUCACGAAGUGAAAGAAUAUCAUAAAUGCAGAAAAUGCCCUAAAAUAUUCAAAGAGUACAAAUCGUUGAAGGCCCACUCUAAAUUACACCACAAAAAGCGUAAAUGCUAUAUAUGUAAUUACUGUAACAAGAAAUUUGUAGAUCGGGUGUUUUUUAAAGUUCACAUCAAACUGCACUGUGAUGUUUGUGGACUUCUCUUUUCAAGUAAACUGAAAUAUCUUCAGCACAGACAUAAAGCUUGUCGCAUACAAAAGAAACACCAAUGCAGAAUAUGCAACGAAUCAUAUUUCCGGUACAUGGACCUCAAAGAUCACAGUCUCGAACACCUAAGGCUGUGUUAUGUUUGCGAUGUGUGUAAAGAACAGUUUGAUACGAAAUGUGCAAUUGCCCACCAUUUAAAAUUCUUGCAUUCCGGUAGACGCCCCCGGACAUUAUACAAAAUACUCAAUAUAGGCACCGAAAGACUGUACUUGUGUAGGUUCUGCGACGAAAGCUCUGUAGAUAAAAGGUUAAUAGAGAAACAUACACAGCUGUUACCGGAUUUGAGUAAUCGAGCUAUGACGGGCUACCGAGACUUCUACUUUUGCGAUCAAUGCAUGAGGAAGUUCAGCACAGAGACCGAUAUGCUACAGCACAAAUGGACUCAUUUCCUGAAGACUUCUGACAACACGCAGGUGCAACUUCAGAGUGUGCUAGUGAAUAAGAAGCCAAAGUUGAAAACGACUUACAAAGUCAAUGACGUAAUACCGGAACGCUUUAAUCCUAAAGUGGUUUUAGAGAAAUUAGCAAUAGACCCAUUUCCAAACUACAUGAGCUUUAAUUGUAAAAAGUUUGAUAUUGUUACCGGUGAAAUUAAGAAAGCUAUAGUAGAUCCGAAAAGUAAAAAAACGAUAGUAUCAAAACAUCAAUGUCCUAUAUGCGGUAAGUAUUACUCAACAAACUACUGCUUGAAUCGCCAUAUUGAAUCACAGCACAAAAAUUCCGAGAAUCUUCACUGCCAUGUCUGCGAGGAGACCUUUGUUUGGCCUUCACUCUUGAGGUCGCACAAGUGCCUCCGCCUCAACCACUCCGAACACCCAUUCCAGAACUCGAACCCGGAGGCCCCCUUCCAUAACUACAGUGAACAAAAUGCGUUUGAUGAUUUUAAUAUAUCAUACGAUGAUGAUUAUUUGAAUAACAUUGAUUUCGAGAUACCUGCUCCGAUAGUGGAGCUGACGGAAAGUGAAAAUGUGUUUAUUCCUAAUAACUUGAUAGAUCAAGACGGGGGUAAAGUGUGCAUUUCCCAGAAUGGAUAUAAAGUGGUGGUCCAAGAAGUACCUGUCGAAUUUUAGUGCGAAGUGAUUAUUGUGCACGGUGUUUGGGAUAUGAGGUUUCGGGACCUACAUUUUUUUGUGUACAAGUGAAUUGAUAAGGAGGAUUGAAAUUGUUUUAAAAGACCAAAUGUAAUAGUGACAAAUGUCAAAACUGGCAGCUGCCAUUGUUUCCAAACUUUCUAACUCUCUCAGGUGUCUAAGGGUCUAGUCACUGGAGGAUCUAUGUAUUCAUAAUCAUACAAUUAUGCUUUGGGUAAGAAACAUCAUUCCGUAUAUGUGAGUAGCCAUAUAAUGCUGCUUCACUUGUGAAAGGCUGGACCUAUUUGAUUGAUUUAAUUUUUCAAACUAUCAUGUCAAGUCAAGUAUUGUAUUACUAUUAUUACUUUAAAUCCACUGAUUAAAUUUGUAUUCAAUUAGCUAUAAAUAGACAUAAAUCGGGUAUAAAUCACAUACUGUCAUCAUGCUCUAAACUAGGAUUCAGUGUAUCGUGAGAACCGGAGACUUAUAUACAUAUUACGUUUAAAUAUAUGUACAUAUACCCGUAGCUACGUAAUGUCUAUAAAAGGGCCAUUCUUGCCUCAGCAGUAGUGAAGUAGAAUUUAUAAGUCUACCUAACAUCAUGUGGUAGAUCUUCGGUCAACAAAUUCCGUAUGUUCCUUUUAGGUCAGGAGAGUGACAUAGGCUACCUUUAUCCUAAAAAAAUAUUACACAGGAUACAACAUUGUUUAGGUAUAGUUUAAGAAGUAAUAGUAUGCAAUAAUUUAAUUUUGUGGUUCUACAGAUAAAGUAUUGUUAUAAUUUGUCACUGUUAUGAGCUGGAGCUCAGGAAAAAUUAAAACUGUUCAUUGAAACACUAAUUAAAAGUCAAUUUAAUUAUAACGACAAUUAAGGGUAGACUUAACGGUCAUGCUGGUCUUUGCUCUUCCUCUAGGUGAUCAUUUGUCGCCUACAAUCCAUGUCGUCUGUGCCAAGAUUUAUAUUCGCUUCGAUUUUGUCCACAAUGUUACAGAACAUUUAGGACGUGUUCCAGUUGUUUCUAUAUGCGUUUUUGCUAUUUGACGACAGAUGCCACUACAGUUACUGGCAUAAUUUUACCUUUCAAUUACUUUUAACACUUUUUCUUUAUCUUUAAUAAUUUUAAUACGCAAUUCAUAACUCAAGCGAUCCCCUUUUUUAUUUUUUGUAUCGACAGCUUGAGUGUGAUAAAAUAUAUGUGUUUUAAGAAAUAAAUAAACUUGAAACAUGGGUGUCAGCAUAUUGCGUGAACCUCUCGAUAACUGUCUUGGAAGCUCCUCAAUUCUACGACACCAGAUUGCAGUAGUCAUAAGAUUUUUGCAAUUUCUUAUUUAUCAUCAGCGCGACAGCGCCCCCCAUGUUUCUAACAUAUUACUUUCUUUUCAAAUUACUUAUUAAUAGUAGCUUUCAUGAAUUUACACGUGUAAAGUUAUUAGUGAGUACUUGUAAAUAUGAUUAAAAUUUGAUUAAGUUUUUAUCCAUCUCCGAGAUUGCAAUUCCCGCCAUGCUGCUGUUAUAACUUUUUUUUUUAUUGUUGUAGAUGUUAAAGGGUGCGAAACAAUCGAGUCACAUUGAUAUUUCGAUUAUCUUUUCACUUUAUUGUUUUUCGUCAGUGUAAUUUGUAAGUAGUGCUGUAUUGUUGGCAGUUUAAGUGGCAACGUGGAUUUUAAAGUCGAAUGUUUUAUUUAACGUUCUCGAAUGUUCGGCUAUAUGAAAAUGUACAUACCUACAUUUUUUGUUGUUAUAAACUCGCCAGAAAUAGUUUAAGGAUUUCCUUCGGUUUUCACAAGCUGCAGAUAUAAUUAAAAAUUAAGUUUAAGUUUAUAAAGAUAGCGUUGAAAACAAAAGUGAACUUAAGAUUUUAUUUUAUUUUAUUUGAGGGUAGCUCGCAAAGAAUAUUAUAAUUUCGACGAACAGCACCCCAGCCUUCCGCGACCACGUUCCUUGUGCAGUGCUCGUAACGUCCGAAAUGUUAUAAGCGAGACUAAACAGUAAAAGUAUUUUCAACGGUAUAUCGAGGGGUGUGACGUCAAUGUUAAAACCGAAAACCGACUUCGACUCGAAAUUUAACUGAGAAAAGAAAAGGAUCAACUUUCUAAUUUAAAAAAAAAAAAAACGAACCAUCAAAAUUAGUUUUCUCAGAAAAAAAGUUCGGAGGUUAAAUAUAAAAAAGGAAAUCAGUCGAAUUGAGAACCUCCCUGCAUUUUUUAAGUAGGCUAAAAUGAAUUAUAUGGUUACUAGUUCAUGAAAAAAGUAAACACCGUGACGUCAUUUGGCUCUAAAUUGUACUAAGCUAGAAUGUUUUAUUGUAAUAAAAAAAAGGUUGUACAUUUUUUUUUUUACGCUAGGGAAUGCAGGCAUCAAGCCAUUUAAUAUAUUUAUUUAGUUUUUAAUUCCUGUGUUAAGUUAAAAAUGUUGUUUUGUUGUUUAGAUGUUUUUAUAAAACACUAGGCCGUGUGCUUUGUAAUUAAUCAUCACGGACCUUGAUGCUUUUAUUGAGAAAAAUGAUAACAUCUUGAUUUCAGUAUUAAGUCGCCUAAAAUAUGAAUGUGAUGAAUGUGUUAGAAAAACAUCAACCAAUUCAAUUUGAAAAUAGCAUAAAAAAAUUAUAAACUAUUGAAAAAAGAUUGUAAAUAAAUCUUCAUUCAGAAUCCUAAAAUGUUAUUUCUUGUUCCGAAAUAAAAGCCUACUCUAUAAAGCCAGGUCAGUAAAAAUAUUCGUCCUGGUCCUCUUGGAGGGCUCGGGUUUGACGCGUCCUGAGACAGUUCGCCAUCUCUCUCCGCUCUAGGCCAUUCUGUUUUACUCAUUUCAUGGACUGUGGUCCCGAUUUGGUCGGUCCAUUGCAUUGGAGACUCGCGUGCUCUUGUACCGUCCGCUCUUCCUUUUAAAUUAGUAUAUAAAUAUUAAAUUUGCUAAAUUAAGCUACAUGACAAAUAUUAUGGGGCUACCAGAAAAAAAAACAAAUAAUUCCUCAGUUUCGGAAUUGGUAUUGGAUUAUUUUCUAUCGCAAAUGUCAAUAGAGUUCAAAUUAAAAUUAAAAUUUCGCGGCUCUUUAACAAUAGUUUUAAUGCGUGUAGUUUAAGUAAACCAUAAGAAAAAAAAUUUAUGACAGAUAUCUGUGUAAAAAAAUUAUGGCAAAAGGAGAUUUUAAAUAUAAAGUCAGAGUUUCUAAGUUUAUUGAAUGAGGCUUAAUUAUGGAGGGUAGAAGUAAGCCACACCUUCUCAUAUAGAGGACAAGUUGAAGAAGUGUUCACUUGUAAACAGCGAAUUGUUGUUGGAAGACUCACCGAAAUAGCGCUAGUGUAGGAAGUGGAAAUGGUAUGCAUAUAGCAGUUUUAAACAGAGUCUAGUGUGCUUUAUUGAAAAUUUUGAAGUGAAACUUCUUUAGGCGCAUGAGGGUAAAAUUUUUACAGAUGUAACGUCACACAGGUAUGCAACGGAAGUGUCGAAAAAGAGAGAGCGAUCGAGACCGAUUGAGAGAGAGUAAGACAGGGCGACGUAGCAUGAAGCAACUAGCCAUGGAGUGAGAGUAGGGAGCAAGCAAGUGAGAAAGAUCGAGAGAAAAAGUGAGACAGAGCGAACGUCGUAUCACGCACAGUGCCAUGGAACGAGAGGUGGGAGAGAGCUAUAGUGAGAAAGAUUGAACGAGAGAGAAUAAGGGAUAUCGAGAAAUAAUACACGCUAUAUUGGUUUGUGUAUUCGUUAUUAGCUGAUUAUUAGAACUUUAGAUGGCAAUUCUGUCGCAUAACGUCAUUUGCAGUAAACGCAGAUUUUUUAUAUUUUUCGUGACUUGUGUAUUAAAAAAAAAACAGUAUUUAAAACUCAAGUAUUUAUUUUUAUUACUAUUUACGUAGGACGUGUUUCUUUCCUUCUUACACGCUUAAACAGCGUCCUACGUUAAUAGUUUAUUGGCACUGUUUUUAAAAUCCUUCCACUUGCUACUAUGGCGCCACCUUAAUAGGCUCCCUUUCCGCGGACAUUUUUAUUACACUGAGAUGUUCCUCCUCACUUCUACCCUCCAUAGUUUUAAUAUAUUUGCAUAGAUUAAUAAGCAAUCUACGUGUAAUAAUGUUUUUAGACUAAGUAACAUAAUAGUAUGUUUAUUGUAUAAAAAUGCUUCGAGGAAAACAUGAACAUGUAUAUUAUAAUGAAAAGUAUGCAGUGUUGUACAUAUAAAAUAUAUAAUAGAAUUGUGAGAAGAG